CUAACAUUUUACGUAGGCUAGAUUGUAAAUCGUUUAAAUCAGUUGAGAAAUAAAAACGCUAUGUGCUGUUUAUCCAGAGACCGCGCGGGUCACCGUUUACUAGGCUGCAUGUUUUUAUACGGCACUCUUGCCAUGCCUAAUAUGGCAGCGCCGUUGACGAGUCACAGCCACAGACAAAAGCGCUCAGUGCGCAAUUUAUGGCUGCGCAUCUGGAGGCGUGAGCAAUUUAGAGAAUGAACUUUAUACACAGACUCUUAUGCCAUUUCACUUAAUGCUUCGUUUCUUUCGUCCUCGAAUCUUUCCCAACAAACACAAGACAUCACGCGUGCUUCGAGUCUUAGCUGAUCCACCCUCCUAGGAUGCUAGCGAGAAAAGGAAACGAGAAUGCACCAAUAAGAAUUGAAAAGCACCCUAGAUAUCCAGGCAAACACGUGAUAUUAAAGAACUAAGUUAGUGUGAUUCAGCUGUUUUGGGAAUUGCGAGAAUCCUGAUUCAUGUGACGGACGGGUUAGCUGUCAAGUCGUGAAACGAUAUCUGCUGCAAGGUCAGUUUAGCAGAACUAGCUAUUUGAGGGUAUACGCAUAUUCUCACAACCUUAUAACUUUUAUUAUCGGUUAGAGAAGUGAUUUUUGACAUGAGUCCAUCCACAGUGUGACAACCAUAUGCAAAAAGAAAAAUGGGUAUUUCUGCAAGCAAUCAAAAUUAUGUGUCUAAAAAGGAGCUUAAAAUCGAAUCAGACGCAUGCCCAGGAUUAAACUCAGCUGUGGUUGAGGAGAUCUUACUGAAUCUGCCUGCAGAGGAUGUGGUAUUAAAGUGUCGUUUAGUGUGUCGUGAAUGGAAGGAGCUGGUGGACUCACAGGCACACUGGAGAGAGCGCUGUUUGAGAGAGUGGAUCGAGCCCCCCGAUGCGUCCAGACCUCAGGAAAACUGGUGUCUGUUUUACUUUCUAUCUAAGAAAAGACACAACUUACUAAAUAAUCCAAGAGCUGAAGAUGAAUUCAAUGGAUGGAAGAUUGUAGAGAAUGGUGGAGACGAAUGGAAAAUAGAAGAGAAUUUUGCAGACCUUCCAAAUGACAACAAUGACAAAUGCUUUGUCACCUCUUAUUGGUUGUGUUUAAAGCAACAGCUGAUUAAUUUAAAAAAUGAAGGCUACAGUCCUGCUCUUAUGGAUCAUCUGCAACCUGACAUCAAAAUAUCAGACUGGUACGCCCCACGCCGGGAUUGCGGGUGUCAUUAUGAGAUCUGUGUAGAGCUGCUUGAUCAGGAAAAGAAUCCCAUCAGUGUCUUUCAGCCUGAAAAAGUUUUCUUUGAACAGUGGAAUGAUCAACAAUGGUGUCAAAUGACACACGUCUUUAAGAAUUAUGGACCUGGAGUUCGGUUUAUCCGUUUUACUCAUGGGGGACAGGAUACACAGUUCUGGGCAGGCUGGUAUGGAAUACGGGUUAUAAACAGUAGUGUAGAGAUCUGUCCAGCUGCAGAGAGAUAAAUGGUUUUAUUAUAUUAUAUUUUUUAUAAUAUUAUGUUAUUAUAUAUCGCUGAUGUACUCAGAAUGUAACAAUGCAACAAAAUGUUUGUACUGAUACAAAGGAUAUAUU